CCACUAUCUCUCUCUCUGUUAUGCCGAUGGUCUCCCGUCCAGCGAUUCGCACUGUCCUCAUCGACCUCUCGGGAACGCUGCACAUCGGCACCUCCGCGCUCCCCGGCGCCGUCGCGGCCCUCCAGCGCCUGCGCGAGGCGCGCGUCCCCUCCCGGUUCUGCAGCAACACGAGCAAGGAGAGCACGGCCGACCUCGUGCGCAAGCUGCGCGCGAUGGGUUUCGGUGUAAACUCCAAGGUUGUCGUCGGGCCAGAAGGCAAAGAAGGAGGAGAGGAGGAGGUGUGGACGAGCCUCGGUGCGGUCAAGAGGAUGAUCGAGGCGAGAGGACUUCAUAGACCAUACUUCCUCCUCUCGCCUUCAGCAGCCGAAGAAUGUUCUGCCAACCUUCCCUCCUCCGACCCGAACACACCAUACGAUGCCGUCGUUGUUGGUCUCGCACCGGCAAUGUUCACCUACGAUAACCUCACCACCGCCUUCCGCGUCCUAAUCGGCGAGGAAGGCCAGCCUUCUUCUGCCUCUGCCUCUGCCUCUGCCUCUGCCUCGACCUCGACCUCGAAACCGAACAUCGCUUUCCUCGCCACGCAUAAGGCCAAAUACGUCCGGACGCCUGAUAAGCAGUUGUCCCUGGGCCCUGGGCCUUUUGUCGCAGCGCUCGAGGACGCGAGCGGCGCCAAAGCGGAGGUGGUCGGUAAGCCGACGAAGGCGUUUUUUGAGAGCGUCAUCGGCAGCAUGAACCUGGACGGAAGCGACGCGGGGAGGAUCGCCGUCAUCGGCGACGACGUGGCCGCGGACCUUGGGGAGGGUGCGCUGGAGCUUGGCUUGUGGAGGGUCCUCGUGAAAACCGGCAAGUAUAGGCCCGGAGACGAAGCUAGGGAAGAUGCGGUACCUCCCGACGAAGUGCAGGACAGCUUCGCGAGCUGGGUGGACAGUUUGCUACUUGACCGCGAGGCGCGUUCACGCUUGUGAGGAGGUUGUUGGUUGUGUUAGACGCGCGGGUGUUGCACUACAUGACUGGAAGAAUAGAUCUAUAGAGUUUGUUGUACAGUACAUGGCGCGAACCCGUAAAAUAUCGAUACACUAAGAGGAGUUGGUCACGACUUCAGUAUCUCCUCCACCUGCGUCUUCACGGUUUUCCACUUCCAUACGGAUUGAUCGGGGUUCACCAGCUCGUUAUCGUUCGAGGACGACCAGUCCAGCUUCCCUUCGCCCAUCAGGAUCCUCAGAUGUCCCGCGGGAGGAAGACUCCGAUCGGCCAAAUACCUCUUGCUCAGCUCCGCCUUCUCCCGCGCGAGGUCCAGGCUUUGAGUCCGUACCUCUCCUCCACACCAGCGGGCGACGUCCUCAAAGCUGGCGGUCGACCCCGCGAUCCGAACGUGGUCUGGGACUUUGGACGCUGAGGAAGGCUGGGAUGCGAGGAGGGAGAGUUCGGCCAGCGCGCGCGCGACGUCGGCCUGAGACGUGAAGGAGACGCGCUGGCUUGGCGGGCCGACGGGCGUGAGGAGGCGGUUUGGAAUGUCGAAUCCGGCUAAUGGCGCAAGCCCGAGCUCGAGAAACCACCCCGUGAAGACAACUACGACCUUCAUCUUCCCUGCAGCGAGUUCGCGAGCGUGCUCAGCGUGCGCGCCCUUGGCGAGCCAGUCUUCGUGGUCAAAUCCCGGGAAAUCGUUCGCCCGAUGGUCGACUCCGUACUCGCUUGGAAAGUAGACUUGAACCCCAGCGGCAAGUGCCGAUCUCAGGAGUACCUCCUUCUCCCCACCAGAUGCGCUUCCGCUCAGCGCACCGACGAGGAUGUCGAUGUCUUGCAACGCUGAUUUGAGGCCUUCUUCGGUCCACUGAGGAAUCCCCUUCACUUCCGCGCCUUGAGACGCGAGCGCGCGCGCGUUGGGCGACGUUUCAUUCCGAGUGAGGCAUACCACGCGAAAGAACGACUUGUAUUCUGAGAGGAAUGUGGACGCGAUGACGCUGCCUAAUCUACCCGUGGAGCCUGCGAUGGCAACACCAAACCGACCACGACUCAGUCGUGCGGAUGUUGUCCAAGACAUAUUCUGUCGAGUAGCACUAGCCGGUGCGUAUAAGAUACAUAUGAGUAAGUAGGUGUCCCGUGGAGAUUACAUUGAGAGACCCGCGGAUGGAGGAGCCGUCAAUCUGAUGGCUUCAGAAACGACGGCGCUUGGAGAAGGUGGACG